AUGACGACGAUUCCCCAGAAGGACCAACUUGAGCGCAAGGCUACGCCCAAUGCCCGCAUAUUCUACCUUCGGGAUACCGUGUCACAGCCUGUCGUAGCCGCCUUUUGCGCAGGCGGUGUUGCAGGCGCCAGUGUUGGUCGUGAUGCCUAUAAGCUCUCCGUAGGCCAGGCGCUGGCCAAAAUGUGGAGGAAGAAGGUUGGCGAGGCUUCAUGCGCGGAAACGGAACCAACUGCAUCCGUAUCGUUCCAAUUUCUUCGAGCCCUACGCUGGGGAGAGCUGACCUCCCUCUUGAGGCUCACUUGCGGUGGACUUGCCGGCAUCACCUCUGUCGUAUUUACCUAUCCUCUCGAUAUCGUCCGUACGCGCCUGUCUAUUCAGUCCGCCUCCUUCGCCGAGUUAGGCGAUCGCCCUAAGCAGCUUCCCGGUAUGUGGGCGACUCUUAUCCACAUGUACAAGACAGAAGGCGGCCUCGGCGCUCUGUAUCGUGGAAUGAUACCUACCGUUGCCGGCGUUGCACCCUAUGUUGGCCUCAACUUCAUGGUAUACGAAGUAGUUCGCCAGUAUCUAACACCAGAGGGAGAACAAAACCCCAGCGCCGUGAGAAAGCUGCUUGCCGGCGCUAUCUCAGGCGCAGUCGCUCAGACCUGCACAUAUCCCUUCGACGUGUUGCGGAGGAGGUUCCAGAUCAACACGAUGUCCGGAAUGGGCUACCAGUACAAGUCCAUUGGGGACGCUAUCAGGGUCAUCGUCGCGCAAGAGGGCCUCGUUGGUCUUUACAAGGGCAUCGUCCCUAACCUAUUGAAGGUUGCGCCAAGUAUGGCUUCAAGCUGGCUCAGCUUCGAAAUGUGCCGCGACUACUUAGUAGCGCUGAAGCCACUCGAAGAGGAUGCGAUAUAG